AUGAAUAUCACCAAAACUUCUGUGAUUUUUUUUUCUUUAGUGAUACUAACAAACUCAUUGUCCAACUCUGACGUUUUGGCCUCACCAGUGAUGGAAACAUCAAAAAAUGAUGUUUGCUUUAUUCCAUGUACAACAAGGUACGGAGAGUAUGAAUGUUGGUUUGACUGUACUCACAAGAGGUACCAUGAUGGAGGGUGUGUAAAUGGACGAUGUUGUUGCAAAAAAUAA